AGUCUGCUCGCUCGCAGGAGGAAUCAGCUGCAGGACAAUGGACCGUCUCCGCCGCGGAGCUUAACGGGCACCGGGCUGCUUCUGACAACCUGGAACAUAAGGAGGUGAGUGUCAAACAGCUGCAGGAUGCUGCCGUCCUCGUCCCCGCUGACCUGCUGUUCUCCGCGGGGCAUCUGAUCCGCCAAACAUGAUGAAGACUGAACCCCCGGCGGCCUCGGGGGGCAACGGGUCCUCCGGUGGCAGCGGGAGCUCGAACCUGCGGAGUCCGUCGCCGCACCGCAACGCCUACGAGGCGGGGCUGGCGGCGCUCAAGAAGGCCACUGACCACCUCAACAAUGCUGCCAACGGAGGCUCCGGGCCCUCCUCCAAACCCGCCCCUCUGCCCCGCCCCACCGGGAGGGCGAAAUACGGAUCCAACGUUCACCGCAUCAAGAACAUGUUCAUGCAGAUGCAGUCUCCUGGAGACGACGAGGACGGGGCCAAAACGCUCGGUGUAGAUCAGGCGAUGAAACUGUCCCUACCGAGAGCGUCCAGCCUUAACGAGAACGUGGACCACAGCGCCCUGCUCAAACUCGGCGCCACGGUCUCCGAGAGGGUCAACCGCUUCGACUCCAAAGCAGGCGGAGAGGGAGGCGGCUUCUCCAAGCUGCAGGAGACCAGGAGGAUCUUUGAGCAGCGGACUCUGCAGGAGAAACAAGCCGCCACCAACCGGAUCCUGCUGAAGAAGGAGCGGGCGUCGGGCUUCCAGGACAGCCGUCUAGAUGUCGUGGCUCGCUUUAACGGCUCCACCGAGGCUUUGGACCGAUUGGACGACCCCCCUGCUGCUCCCGCUCCAGCCCCGCUUCCUGCUCCCGCUACUCUCCCCGCCCCCGCCGCUUCAAUCGGGCCCGGCGACGCCGUCAGCCCCACCGUGAGCCAGCUCAGCGCCGUGUUCGAGAAGGCCGAACAGCCAAACAUUGUCUACCUCCCCCAGCGUCGGUCAGGCCCCGCUCUACCCCCAAAGCCCAAACCUCCGGCCAGAGCCGAGGCUCCGGCGAGAAAGGGGAAGGUGCUCCCUCCAGGUAAGGAGGCGCGCGAGGAGGCGGCAGCAGGAGUUGCGAGCGUCCGUGCAGCAGAGCGCCCGGAGGUGGCUGCUUCUCUACAGAGGAGCACAGGAGAAGUGAAAGCCAGCGAGGAGAAGGAGGGGAGCGGACAGUCAGGAGAGCAGCUCUCCUCCUCCUCUUCGUCCUCGGUGACCGUCACUUCCUCCUCUUCCUCUUCGGAGGUUAAGCCGGAAUCGGAGGCGACGGCGACUGAAGCCGGGGGCUCGAGUACGGGGGCCGCGUCGGACACAGAGCCACAGGCGGAUGAACUGGACGGCUCCGGGGGCGGCUCUGAGGCCGGAGCCAGGCUGGUGCAGGCCGAGGUUCACGCCUCCCUGGAAAACGGAGAGAAGGAGCCUCCCGGUUCCUCUCCGUCCUCGGAGGAGAGAGAGGCGGACUCUGAGAGGAGGGAGGAGGAGGAGGAGAACGACGACGACGGGUCGAGGAAGGAGGAUUACUCGGAGGGAGAUCUGGUGGAUAUCAGCGCGUACAGCGGGCUCGGGGAGGAGGACUCUGGGGGCAGCCAGCUAGACGAUGAGGAGGACGAAGAAGACGAGGAGGCGUAUCAGCCGGAGACCAGCUGCUCCGAGAUCCCGGGCCUCCCCGAGGAGGAGGAGCCUCCGCCGCCCAACAGGAAGAUUAAAUUCAGCACUGGGCCGAUUAAGGUCUUCACCACCUACUCCAACGAGGACUACGAUCGCCGCAACGACGAUGUCGACCCGAUGGCGGCCUCAGCCGAGUACGAGCUGGAGAAACGAGUCGAGAAGCUGGACCUGUUUCCUGUGGAGCUGGAGAAAGACAGUGACGGUCUGGGCAUCAGUAUCAUCGGGAUGGGUGCUGGCGCUGACAUGGGUUUGGAGAAACUGGGGAUCUUCGUGAAGACGGUCACGGAGGGAGGAGCCGCUCAGAGAGACGGCAGGAUCCAGGUGAACGACCUGAUCGUGGAGGUCGACGGGACCAGCCUGGUCGGAGUCACUCAGAGCCUCGCUGCCUCUGUCCUCCGCAACACCUCCGGCACCGUCAGGUUUGUGAUUGGUCGGGAGAAGCCGGGGGAGCAGAGCGAGGUGGCUCAGCUGAUCCAGCAGACUCUGGAGCAGGAGAGGUGGCAGAGAGAGAUGAUGGAGCAGAGAUACAAACAGUACAUGGACGACGAUGAGGAGACAGGUGAGUACGCGACAGACGAGGAGGAGGAGAUGAGUCCCGUGUUUCCAAACUCCAUCGAGGUUUUCGACCUGGCCGAGAACCAGGACAUGUUGUCUCCUGUGGAGCUGGACCCCGAGAAGCUGGCCCACAAAUUCAAGGAGCUCCAGAUCAAACAUGCAGUGACCCAGGCGGAGAUCCAGCUGCUGAAGAGGAAGCUGGCUCAUGCGGAGCAGGAUAAGUUGCGUUGGCGGAUGGAGCGCGCUCAGUUGGAGCAAAACAUCCGGGACAGUAAAGAGAGGAUGGAGAAGCUGGAGGGCUACUGGAUGGAGGCUCAGUCGCUGUGUAAGGCAGUGGAUGAACACCUGAAGGAAACCCAGGCUCAGUACCAAACCCUGGAGAGGAAAUACAGCAAAGCCAAGAGGCUGAUCAAAGAGUACCAGCAGAAGGAGAUCGAGUUCCUGAAGAAGGAGACGGCUCAGCGUCGAGCGCAGGAAGAGAGUGAGGCUACACAUAAAGAGGAGACGGACAACCUGCAGGAAAAGAUCACAGACCUGGAGACCAAAGUGGACGCCCUGAAGACCCCCAAACCCUCCUAGACUGCUGCUACUUCCUCCCUCCUGUCUGUGACUGGAAGAGGAGGAACUCCGCCUUCAUUCUGACCCGGGCUGUAUUUUAUUCAAUCAACCAUUUACUGCACGGACGGGUGGGGUGAAAAAAAGAAAAAGAAAAGAAGAACAGGGAUGACAAUUCAAAAAAGACGAGGGCGACAUUCAAAGAGGAAACAAGCGGCCUCUCAUCUGACAUCGGCCAGCGGCUUCGAGCUCUGUCAGUCAAUAACCAAUCCCAGAAUGCUCCCUCUGUAAUACCCACAAUCCUCCUUGUGUGUCUUCCUGGCAACCGGCUUCUUGGCAAUCAACACGGAAACCACAUUGGACAACCUGUGCUUUAUUUAUGGACGAUCUGUGUCGGCUUCUCCUCUCUUCGAUAACCGCGUAGUACCGGGAUUCAUUUUAAAGAAGCGCUUCUACUGAACAGGCUCGUCACAAAGUGCUUUACAGAGCGACAGGCGCAAUAAUAACCGAGCAGGAGAGGAGGUCUUUCGAUUGUUGUUAUACUACUUUUGAACUUGCUUCCUUUUUGUUUUUGUUCGGGACUGGAUUCUUACCAAGAGGACAAACGUGUUUUCUGAAGCAUGACAUUCAAAAACUAAACGGAGAAAUGGGCCAGCGCAUUUUUAAAAGACAAAAAACUUUGAAAGGAAAUAGCCAAAACCUGCUGAUAGAUUAAAAAAAAACAAACUACAAAACACGAUGGCCGACAAAUUAGUGAUUGGUGACGAAACCUGUGACCCGGCAGAAUGCCCCCCCAAGCCUUCGUUUCUCUUUUCUAGCCUAAACUCUCUGCGAGCGACCGAAGGAAUCAGGCAGAGUUGUGCUCUUCAGGUCUGAACUGUGGUGGCAAAGUGUUUGUAUAUAUUCUAUACAUGUAUUUAAAAGUGUUUAAAUGGCUUAAGCAAUUAUCCGAGAGGAAGGCAGCGCAAUGAGCCGACGACUGCGAAGUGGUUCAGUAGACCAGAAUCAGUCAGUUUCAUCUCUUUUCUAUCAGCGUCGAUGGCAAACAGGGUGUGAAUAGUCUCACGUGCUUCUAACGGUGUGUAUUUGUUGGUGUUUACUGCAGUAUCUGUGUGUUUACAUGCACACCGGCGUCCAGAAAUUCUUCAGAUGGUGCGGGAUUUACAAAUCUACUCUUACCAAGGAUCUUAAAAAACUGAUGGGUGAAUUCACAAAAAAGAUGUAGCAGCUUUUGCAGCCGCUGAACUUAAACCAAAUUAGACACAAACACAAAAACAGUCAUUCUUAGUGCACUCACAAAGGCUCGAUGGCACCCUGUUCAAAUGAAGAUGAAGAGGAAGGCAUGUUCUCUUCACUCAAAAAUCACACCAAUAUUUUCAAGAAAAAAAUUACCAAA